UAAUGAUCAGACUCACGUUACAAAUGCUGGUUAACAAUCCAAUACAUUUAGUUUAAAUUGUUUCACAAAAGUAGUGCGCUAGUCUUUUACUAGUCCUGUAUUAGCAGACCAAUAUAGACUUCAUCAGCACAGGCAAAUGGCUGCUGCAAGAAAACGUACGCUAACUGGAUUUGAAGAUGUGAUAGACGGGAAAACAAAGAUUUUCAAAGACAGCGGCGAGAAGAUACACAUUGCAGCUCUGAUCCUAGCUAGGGGAGGCAGUAAGGGGAUCCCCCUGAAGAAUAUAAAAGUUCUGGCCGGUGUCCCGCUCAUCGGAUGGGUUCUGAGAGCUGCCGUGGAUUCCAAACAGUUUGACAGUGUGUGGGUAUCAACUGAUCAUGAUGACAUUGAGAAGGUGGCCAAGGCAUGGGGAGCUCAGGUUCACCGCAGGAGCCCAGAGGUGUCCAAAGACUCUUCCAGCUCUCUCGACACUAUCCAGGAAUUUGCCCGAUUAAACCCAGAGGUGAAUGUGAUCUGUCACAUCCAGGCUACGUCUCCCUGCUUGCACCCCUUCCACCUGAAGGAGGCCCUGGAGUUGAUCACCAAUCAGGGCUUCACGUCUGUCUUCGCCGUGGCCCGACAACACCACUUCCGCUGGCAGGAGGUCAAGAAAGGAGGUAGUGUUGCCACCAAGCCACUGAACCUUGACCCGUCUAACAGGCCCCGGAGACAGGACUGGGAUGGAGAGCUGUGUGAGAAUGGAUCUUUCUACAUUCAUACCAGAGCGACAAUAGAGGAAGGCCUGCAGGGGGGAAAGUGGGCUUACUAUGAGAUGCUGCCAGAGUACAGUGUGGAUAUUGAUGUGGAUAUCGAUUGGCCCGUGGCAGAACAGAGAGUACUGAGGUUUGGUUACUUUGGCCUGGACAAGCCUGAGGUGGUGCGUCUGCUGCUGUGUAACAUCUCAGGCUGUCUGACUGACGGCCGCGUCCUCAUCUCUGUCUCUGGAGAGGAGAUGAUCUCUGUCAACACCAGAGAUACCAUGGGUAUCCGCAUGCUGCAGAGAGAGGGGGUGGAGGUGAUCCUGAUCUCGUCCAGUGAGGACCUGACCAAGGCCUUGGCUGACAAGCUGUCCCAGAGGACGGGCUGCGAGGUCAGACAGCUGGGCAAGGACAUCCAGGGUGAGGCCAAAGCCAUGAUGGACGACAGGGAUCUGGACUGGAAGGAAGUCGCCUAUAUGGGUAACGAUGCACCAGAUGUUGACUGUCUGAACCUGGCUGGGCUGAGUGCAGUACCCAGGGAUGCCCCAGUGGUAGCAAUCAAUGCUGCUAAAUACUCCUGCCACAAUGUUGCAGGCCUCGGGGCUGUGAGGGAGUUUUCUGAACACAUCCUGCUGCUCAAGAAGAAGGCCAAGUCUCAGAUGGAACAGGACCGCAUCCACAGAAAUACAUUCUAAACUCUAGAAUGUGUUCUAAAGUCAGAGAGACACAUUCUAAACUCUAGAAUCUGUUCUAAAGUCACAGACAUGCAUUCUAAACUCUAGAAUGUGCUCUAACUCUAAUCUGGCUCAGAUAUGUUCUAAACAAAGAGUUGCAUUCUUGAAGCCUAAGUGCCAGUCUGUUUUUGCUCACUUGCCAGCUCCUUGUCACUCCAAACAUAUUUGGCAUUACAAUUCCAAAAAGAGUUAACUAGAGAGCAGAAACAGACUGGCACUCAGGCUAUUUUAUUCUAGACUAUCAGACAAACCUAAACUCAUGCCUGUGCUAAAGAUUAGGCUAAAUGACCUUGAAGCUUAUUGACAAUUCUCAAUACUUUCUCUGGAGUAUUUACUCACUUUCAGGCACUUAGCUCAGGCUGAGGUGUUUUUUACAGGUUGUCAGAUCGAGGUAGUUUUGGUUUUACAACUCCAAACCAUAUAAACUUGAAUGCUUAUUGGAUUUAAUCAUAUUUGUGUAGGAGGAUGUGGCGAAAGUGAAUAACACCUUAUAAACUCAGCAAAAAAAAAAGGAACGUCCUCUAACUGUCAACUGCGUUUAUUUUCAGCAAACUUAACAUGUGUAAAUAUUUGUAUGAACAUAACAAGAUUCAACAACGGAGACAAACUGAACAUGUUCCACAGACAUGUGACUAACAGAAAUUGAAUAAUGUGUCCCUGUACAAACACUCAGUAUCAGGGGUGGCCACCAGCUGCAUUAAGUACUGCAGUGCAUCUCCUCCUCAUGGACUGCACCAGAUUUGCCAGUUCUUGUUGUGAGAUGUUACCCCACUCUUCCACCAAAGCACCUGCAAGUUCCUGGACAUUUCUGGGGGUAAUGGCCCUAGCCCUCACCCUCCGAUCCAACAGGUCCCAGAUGUGCUCAAUGGGAUUGGGAUCAGGGCUCUUCGCUGGCCAUGGCAGAACAAUGACAUUCCUGUCUUGCAGGAAAUCAUGCACAGAAGAGCAGUAUGGCUGGUGGCAUUGUCAUGCUGGAGGGUCAUGUCAGGAUGAGCCUGCAGUAAGGGUACCACAUGAGGGAGGAGGAUGUCUUCCUUGUAACGCACAGCAUUGAGAUUGCCUGCAAUGACAACAAGCUCAGUCCGAUGAUGCUGUGACACACCGCCCCAGACCAUGACGGACCCUCCACCUCGAUCCCGCUCCAGAGUACAGGCCUCGGUGUAACGCUCAUUCCUUUGACGAUAAACGCGAAUCCAACCAUCACCCCUGGUGAGACAAAACCGCGACUCUUCAGUGAAGAGCACUUUUUGCCAGUCCUGUCUGGUCCAACGACGGUGGGUUUGUGUCCAUAGGCGAUGUUGUUGCCGGUGAUGUCUGGUGAGGACCUGCCAUACAACAGGUCUACAAGCCCUCAAUCCAGCCUCUCUCAGCCUAUUGCAGACAGUCUGAGCACUGAUGGAGGGAUUGUGGGUUCCUGGUGUAACUCAGGCAGUUGUUGUUGCCAUCCUGUAACUGUCCCGCAGGUGUGAUGUUCGGAUGUACCGAUCCUGUGCAGGUGUUGUUACACAUGGUCAGCCACUGCGAGUACGAUCAGCUGUCUAUCCUGUAGCGCUGUCUUAGGCGUCUCACAGUACAGACAUUGCAAUUUAUUGCCCUGGCCACAUCUGCAGUCCUCGUGCCUCCUUGCAGCAUGCCUAAGGCACCCUUCACAAUGAAGAUAUGUGAAGUCAUUUGGAUUGUUACGAAUUAUCUUUGAAAG